AUGGCAAAAUUUGUUGAUAAACAACUCACUGCUGUUAUAGAUAAUUCUUCAGGAGUAUAUUUAAAACAACUUUUCAAUAUAUAUCAAUAUGAUAAACAAAAUAAUAUUGUUGACAUUACUUCCAGUAAUUUUGAUUCAUUUUCAUGUAUAACAUAUAAAAGGAUAGAUAUUUUUGCUGAAGACAUCGAAACUAACAUGACUUACUAA